AUGGGUCAGACGAGCAAAAGCCGUACCCACAGCUUCGGGGGCUGUUGGACAUGUCGACGACGACGCGUGAAGUGUGACUCGGGCGCGCCAACCUGCAGGAGAUGCAACAAUUCUGGUCUAACAUGCGAGGGCUACGGAUUUCGCUUCGAUAUUCCGGAAGGGGUACAAUCCUCCCGUCAGAACAUGCCUGCGAGCAGCCGUCCGGAUCUUCUCCUUCACCUGAACAACGACGAGAUCGAUGGCCAUCUCGCCGACAUCGACGUUGCAUCUAAGACGCUGCACAAGGGCCCAUUCUCACUGCUGGUUUCCCCCCAUGGCCCCGCGGCAGGGCCGCAGAGGCCUCCUGAGGAACAGGCCAUGCGACUGCCCUCGAGAUCGAGAUCGCCGUCCUCCACUGGAAGAACGCGUGACGGUCGAGUAUCGAAGAAGCCAAAUAAUGUGUCUUCUGACUGUCCGUUGAAGGGAAGUCUCAUACCACAAACGCACGGCCACCAAAGACACCCCUUCAUCCUACCAGAGCUCUCUUCCUUAAACCUCCACCCAAUCGAGCAUCUUCUUCUUCACCGGUACCAGCACUUCGUAACCACCCAGCUCACCCCGGAAGGAGGCUUUAUCCACAGCGCGUUCGCCAUGGUUGCCCCAUCCAUGGCAAUCAGCAACAUAAUAACUCCCCAGGCCGGCUCACACGCGAGCGCCGCAAUCUUGCACGGCAUACUGAGUGCAGCAGCUGCGAGCCUCAAAAGUCACUCCUCUGCUUACCACGCCCAGGCCCUCCAGCAUGAAAGGAUCGCCGUCCAGUAUCUCCGCCUGUCCGUCGAGGAAAACUCCGAUGCCUAUCUCACACUUGCCGUAGCGAUCAUGGUGCUCACGGUUGUUGAGAAUCUCUUCGGUCACGCACAUACCGUGCGUGCCCAUACUCAGGCGGCAUUGAGAUGUCUCGUCCUUGCUGCAAAGCAAGAUCCGCAGGAUAGCGUGGUGAAGGUGAUUGCCGAGCAGGCCUUCUUUGCGGCUGCGAUWUCACACGUCGUUCCCCAGGCACAAGUAGAAUGUCUGAAAAUGAGUUUUGCAAACGGACAAUUAGGCUACUUCGAAAAGCAGGCGGGAUUGGCCGUAGGGAUGCUGGACAUUCUCCACGACCUGAAUGCGAUAUAUGCGGGAGGGGUUGCAGCGCCCGCGGAGACGAUCGAGAAUUUGGAGCGGAGAUUGGCACUGCAUCGGCCUGUCAAGGCGGAAACCGAAGCGGAGGAUUUCGACGGGAGGCCGCGAGCGAUACUCUACUAUGCCCUCCAGCUUUACUUUGUCAGGGCAAUUCGAGGUCUCGAGCCAACACAUCCCGAUACCCUGGAGGCAAUAGAGGGAGGCUUGGGCCAGCUGGAGGCUCUAAGAUACACAGGACGAGAGUCAGGCAAUUGCCUCAUCACCUGGUCGGCCUGUAUACUGGGAAGCGAAUGUUUCUUAGGUGUACAUCAGGGCCGGUUCAUGGCAUGGCUCCAGGCGAGAACAGAGACUCAAGUCUUGAAAGCGCGUGAGAUCCUCAUGAUGACGGGCUACUCUUGGAAGAUGAAGCGCGAGAUGCCGGAGAGGUACAGGAUCUUGUGGUACCGGGUUGGGAGUGACCCGGGCAAAGGAUGGCAUACCAACAAGCCAAGGGACCAGGAAGCGUCUGCUGGGUCUGAUCAGGUCGCGUCUGAUCAGGUCACGAUUGGUUUGACGGCUGCUUUGGAACAAAGAGAGGCGGCGAGAAGUACUCGGGCCAGAGUGGCUCAAGAGACAUAG